AGUACUGAGCAUAGCGGUAUAUUCAUGCAUGAUGCACUUUAUUCAAGUAAUCGUUCUUAUUACGGCGGGACAUGCAAACAUCUAUAAUAUUAAGUGCAAUAUAAUUACAAAAUGUUUCUCAAACGUUGUCAGUGAUGUGAAUGUUCGUGCAAUGGUUUCUUAAAGUUCUCUUUUGAAACACGCAGUUUCUCGGACUUAUAAUUAACAUAUAUCAACAAUGACUGGAUCCACUUUACCCGAAAGGGUAGCCCAAAUAUAUUACACCUAUGGGCUCUUCUGCUCAUCAUAUCCAAUAACAGCGAUAUCAUUGGCGCUUUCUAUUGUUUUGUUAUGCUGCUAUCCUCUGCUUAAUGUACCUCUACCUGGUAAUAUACCUACAGUUGUAAAUGUGCCUUUUAGUGUAAAUGAUAAACAUUUAGCAAAUGUGGAAUGUGCGACCAAACCAUGUUUACAUCCAAAAAAUUUUGUACAUUUAGAAUAUUUACAUAAUGAAACUCAAAAACUUCCAUAUGUAUGGGUUAAAGAUAAGCCGCUUCUCUAUAUUCAUCAAAUUAUAAUGAGGAUAGGUGUAUCACCAUGGAACAAUAAUCUGAAAAUGUGGGAUGCGUUUCGUGCUCCCUUACAAGAAGUGUUCAGGUUGCUUGAGGCUGUGAGAAACCAUGAAAAUCCUGAAACAAAGGACACACUUUUGCAGCAUUGUUAUCAGAUAGAGGCAAUCAAAAAGUCCAAUAGUAAAGCGAGUGUGGACCGAGUCCUUCCGGAAUAUAGUUGCCUUUUGUUGUCACCGGCAAACUUGUGGCAGCAGAACCUGCAGUCAUUCUCUCUUGAUGCAAAUAUUGUCAAUACAGUUCAUAAUUACCAGAAUAUUCUAAAAGGCAAGGCUUCUAUCUCAGAAAUGGCAUUCGGUAUGCAUCUCCGAGACACUGGCAUAAAGCGAUACCCGCUGAGGGCUCGGCCACGCGUUCUACAGUAUGCCGUUACAAUAUUUUAUGAAAGUGCAGAUCAAAGAUUCAUUAAUACUCUUACGAAGAAGUUGAAAGACAUGUAUCCGUUGUAUCAAGAAACACCGUACACACACGCGCAAGAAGCCACUCUGAUUUAUUAUCCAGGACAGUUUAACUACCACGAAUUAGUCCCGUUACUCAUAUCACUUGUUGGGAUAUUUUUGUACGUUUAUUUUUCUGUAAGAAAAAUCGAGUUCAUCAAAUCAAAAUUGGGCUUAGCGGCGUGUUCCGUAGUCACUAUUGCGGGCAGUUUAUCAAUGUCUAUGGGAAUAUGCUUCUAUUUCGGAUUCUCUCUGAGCCUACAAGGUAAAGAGAUUUUCCCCUAUCUAGUCAUAAUCGUCGGCCUCGAGAAUAUUUUGGUACUGACAAAAAGUGUGACGUCAACAGACUCAAGAUUAGAUGUUAAAAUUCGUUUAGCUCAAGGUCUCAGCAAGGAGGGAUGGUCGAUCACAAAAAACUUACUCACAGAAAUAACAAUUUUAACAGUGAGCUUAUUCACGUUCGUGCCUUUCAUUCAAGAAUUUUCAAUUUACAUGAUCGUCAGUCUCAUCUCGGAUUAUUUAGUGCAAAUGAUGUUUUUCGCUCCUAUACUCGGUAUAGACGUGAGUCGAAUGGAAUAUUUGCCCGAGCAGAACAAUAAGUUACAUUUAAAAGAAUAUUUCAGUUCGAGCUACGCUUUGAACUGGCGAUACAGUAAUGGAUACGACGAUCAUAGUUUAUCUCCUCAAAGAAUGACAAAGUCGAAGUCGCAUCCAAGAUUAAAUGGAUUGGCGCAAAAUAGUCCUACAGAUGUUGUUGCGAAAAGGAAUUCUAGUCCCGGAACGCCGGACAACCGCGUUCCAAAAAGGAUUCGUUUAGUCAAUAUGUGGGCAAGAACGAGAUUUUUCCAGAGAGCCUUCAUGGUAUGGAUGCUCGUGUGGAUAUCAAUGAUUGUUUACAAUUCUGGAAUCGUAGAGUACUUCAUAACAAAUGUUGAUAAAGAUACAUCUACAGAGAGAAACAAAAGCGCCGAUAAUGUAACACCUAGAACGAAUCUGUACAUGAAUUAUAACAAUAGUGGUCGGCAUCCAUUGGUAUUCUCGCCUCUGCUGGAUGUCAUCGAGGGUGAGAAGAGUGUAGUCGAUGAAAAUGAUACUAUAUAUCUGAAACAUUCCUCACAUUCCCGGCCCUGGUCUAGGCUCACCCCCUAUCACUGGUCGGCAAUACUGUCUCAAUACAACGAGACACUAGCCGGUAAAUACGUGGUGGUACUACCACCGUUACUUGUGAGUCACCGGGUGAGCCCAGAAGUGGCGGCGGGUGUGAGACACCCGGACGAGCGGGACCCGCCACCGUUACGAUGGCAAGCGUUGGCUGCUGCUUUAGACCCUAUCGAUAUUUUACCUGAAUUUGACUUGAUCGAGGGCAAAGGGCAACAACAAUGGGGUAAAGGAUCCGAGAUACCAAUCUAUCCGACAACACCUAUGGAAAUUCUGUUAUUGACGAUACUGUGCUCAAUUAGUAUAGCUGUUAUUGCAUAUAUGAUGGUUGUUCUUUACAGGUGUAUCUGCUCCCGCCACUACGCAGAAUGGCGCGCCUCUUGGAGUGAAGACGACGAAUACAGAAAAAUAAUUGCGAAACAACCUGCCGUACAAUUGGUCAUGGAAGCGGUGCCCUUAGUAGUAGCGGGCCAUAGUCAAGAGGUGGAAUGUCUAGUCACAGAUGGGGAAAAAAUUGUGAGCUCGUGCCUACAGGGCAAUAUUAAAGUGUGGGACUCGCUCAAUGGUGAAAUUAUAACCAAUAUUGAUCGUAGUGCCUAUUUCAAAUUAGAAAUGGAAAUGUACGAUAAAGCAAAUAACAAGAAGAUUGUGGAAAAUACUGAAUUCCAUCCUGUAAUACAAGAAUCACAUGAUAUAGACAUUAUACAAAGGCCUGAGGUACGAUUACGAAAAGGUGUUUUGAAUAAUCACCUAAGUCGCUUACAAUUUCAAUCAAAUAAACGAAAUCCAUCGCUGUGUCUGUCAGUCGCUGAAAAUACCAAAUAUAAUUUUGCUAAGACAUAUAGAGAUCUGUACUUUUCGGACGAGCACGACAUGUACGAGACAAAAGAAAAUCUGGACAUUAAUAAAUGUAGUGCUAAUAGGGAGUUCUGCGGUAAUAACAUUAAAGAUAAAGUGGUCGACGAAAGUACUUAUGUGAAUAGUGAUAAAGUGUUAAGAAAUACCCAUGAGUUAAGGAAAAGUGAUAGUGAAGAUGCUGUGACCAAUUUGAAUUGGAGGUCGAAACCUAUGAAGGAGUCGCCGGUGUGGUGUAUGGACUAUUGCAAUGAUCUUAUCAUAUUGGGCUGUGCGGACGGCAGGUUGGAGUUUUGGGAUGCGACUUCUGGUAAAUUAAAGUGUGUAUGGUGGUGUAUGGAGAAGCGUCCCAGUGGAACGGGGGUGACUCAUGUCAAAGUAUUGGGUGGUGGUCGACGGAUAUGCGUCGCCUUGUUAACGGGUCAUGUGACGCUGUUCAGGUUGGAUGCGUACAAUGCGACGUCAGGCGCGCACGUUGAUUGGCGGUUUAGUACUGCGCAUCGGAGGACACACAAGAGGACGGGGUCAGCGGAUUCAUUAAAAUAUGGGAUGGAAGAUCAAAUGGCGCGGGGCCGGAUGAGCUUUUCAUAUGAAGCAGAAAAUAGUGACGGUGAAGAAGUUGUAUGCGUUCGCGUCGCACACUGCAGGCCGCAUCAGCAACCAAUCAAUGAACUACAAUCUGAAGGAGGUCGUAUACUCACCGGAGGGCAAGACCAUGUGCUUAAAGUAUUUUCAAGUCCGGAUCUAACGCAGCUAUUCACGCUGCACGGCCACUGCGGGCCCAUAACAAGUUGUUUCAUAGAUCACGCGAAUCCCACUAUAGCGGGCAGUGGGUCACAAGAUGGGCUGCUGUGUGUAUGGGAUUUACAUACGGGUGCGUGUCUAUACAGUAUGCAAGCGCACGACGGCGCGGUGACGUCACUCACGUACACGGCCUCGUACGUGGUGUCUGCGGGCGCGGACGAACGACUCUGCAUAUGGGAUAGAUUUCAGGGGCAUAUGCUCAAUUCUAUACAUAUUGGUUUAAACUACAUGAGUCGUAUGCUACCUUUGACUCACACUCUCUUAGUGAUGGGCGAUAGAAGUGGACUCACAGCCUACGAUUUAAGCAGUGGAGAUGUUAUCCGAAGGGUUUUAUUUGGUCAAAGUGACGGCUGUAUAUUCGUACGACAAAUACUCCCGCUAAAGGACGCCAUAGUCUGUGACUACGCGAACCAACUACGUAUCGUGCGAUUCCCGCUCGUUUCAAGGUUUGAUAUGAAAAAUGAAUAAAUUGUUGUUAAUUAAUUGAUAUGGCAAUAUAUUGAAUUCGAAUAUGGAAGAAAAUGCUACGAAUACGAAAUAAUUUCUGGAUUCGCUGAGCUCAAAUCUCCAUACAUAGUCCAUUAAUACUGAGUAUUAAUGAAUCAAUGAACUUUUAAUUAUUAUUUUAUAAACUGACUGUAAAAAUGUAUCAAGUAUCCUUUAUCAUCCAGUGUAUUAUUAAUGUUUUAUAGAAAUACGUAUACCUAACAAAUAGUGAGAUAUGUAACAUUGCUUUAUUUAAGUGUAAUUUUAUAAUUCUACUAAUGUCUUCAUACUUGAAUCUGUUUUCCAUUCGUUAUUUUCAAGUCCACCAAUACAUAUUUUCUCUAAAUUUCUUACAUGGCAAUACUGUGCCAUAAGUCACAACAUCUGAUCAUUCAGCUUUGUUUAUUUUAGUUAGCGUAAGGCAAUAAUUUUAUAGACAAGACUUCAAGUGACUUACCGUAUAUAUGCUAUAUUUAAUUGAAUCAGAUUUACAAUCAAUACCUACGUUACAUUUUUCGCUGUGAAACUUAUUGCAUAUUAUUUUUAUAUAGCUACUCGAAUAUUCUCAACACAAACAGAUAGUUAUUACUAUUUGAUCAACAUUUACAUAAAUUAAAUAUGCCUAAAUAAUAAACUAAUUUUACAGUAAACCUUUUUUCGUUACCAUUAUACGCACACGAUUCAUAUUUUAAAAUGUUUUUAAUUAUGAUUAAUUUUGUCCCAAAAAAGGUGUUAUUUUGUGAAUGUGAAAGAAAAUGUGCUAAGUGCCUAUGUAAUUUUACUUUCUAUCUAAUAUCUGUUUAUAAUCUAUUUGUUAUUUUGUAAACUUCCUUCUUCCAAUUUCCGAAUUUAUUUAAUUCUUUACAAAUACGAGUCCUAUGUAUUAACUGGAAGUAAAACUUUCAGGAAUACUUUAUACUUAUGUUUUGAAUGUCGUCACACGACUGAAAUACUCCUUUUAAAUUGUAUGAAUGUAAAACUGGCCCUAUAAAAGUGUUUCGAAAAAAAAUGCAAUAAUUUAAUUUAAUGAUACUUACCAUAUCUGGCAUUAUUAUCGGUGAUGUAAUUUUAAGAUGAGUACAUAUUUCAAAUAUCCUAUACUUUUCCAUUUCCUAUUAUUUAAAGAAUAAUUACAUGUUAACUAUUUGUGAUGUUCUAUUUAUUUAUUUAACAAUGUCUUGUAAAUUAUAUGCUUCUACUAUUGCUUAAGUUUUAUUAAUUUGUAAGAAAAUUUGUAAUCGAAAUUAAGAUAUGUGCGUUUCAAUAUAGUGAGUAAGGUAAGUUAUUAAUUAUUAUUAAUGAUUUUGAUGUGUUUUACAUUUUUUUCCAUGAACUAUAAAAUUAUUGAAUAUUUUCCGAUCAUAGUAAGAUAGGGUAAU